GAAGCAAACUGUGAAAUGUGCCAGCGAGAAGUACUAAAAGGAUAUGAAAAAAUGGCUUUUUUGCUUCCUCAAAUUAGGGUUUCUUUUUAGGUUCUUCUUACUGCAAUAACAAUAAGAGACCUUCCUCAUCAUCAUCUUGACUCAGAACUCAUCUCCUUCUUCAUUUUUCUCAGUAAAAACAGGGUUCAGAAGCAGAAAUCUCCAUGGGAUAAGUGUUGAAGAAGUUGAUAAGAAGAUGUUUCAGAGAUUAGGAACGAUAAUAAUAAGUUAAAAUUAUUGUUAAUAAUUUAUUAAGGAUAAUUAAUUUGUCUUUCUGAAAUCUAUUUGGAAGAAGAAAGAAAAUUUACUUGGAUCUUGAGAAAAUUUUGGAAUUUUUGUUUGUUCACAGUUCAGAAAUCCAAGAAAUCUUGUUUAUUUAAUUAGUGCGUUGAAGAGGAAGAGUGCCGUAAAUUAUCUUCUGUUUGGUGAAUCGGUGUACAAAACGAUUCGACUCGUUCAUCCUCAGCCGCGUAACCCAACAACAAGAAAUUUCAGAUAUCGAGAAGAAAAAAAAAAAUCUGAUUUCUCAAAGGAAUUGGAGCUUUCAGUUUUCUUAAGUCUCUUCAAUUAAUGGUUUGGAUUUCUGAUUUGAAGUUUAGUGAGAAAGGUUGAUAGAUCUUUGUUGUUGGAUCUUUAUACCAUUUUGAAGUUAGUUAAUAAAUUGGAGUUUAGAGAAAGAAGAGAUGAUGGCUGUAACUGCUGCUGCAUGUAAGGAUGGUAAAGGAGUAAUGGAUAAUGGGAAGUAUGUGAGGUAUACUCCUGAGCAAGUUGAAGCACUUGAAAGGCUUUAUCAUGAAUGUCCGAAACCAUCUUCGAUUCGUCGUCAACAGUUGAUUAGAGAGUGUCCUAUUCUCUCUAAUAUUGAACCUAAACAGAUCAAAGUUUGGUUCCAAAACCGGAGAUGCCGAGAGAAGCAGCGGAAAGAGGCGUCACGUCUUCAAGCUGUUAAUCGGAAGCUUACGGCUAUGAACAAGCUUUUGAUGGAGGAGAAUGAUAGGUUGCAGAAACAAGUUUCACAUUUGGUGUAUGAAAAUGGUUACUUUCGCCAACAGACUCAGAAUACGACUCUUGCCACCACGGACAAUAGUUGCGAGUCAGUGGUAACCAGCGGUCAACACCAAUUGACGACUCCUCCGCAUCCUCCACGGGAUGCAAGCCCUGCAGGACUUUUGUCCAUUGCAGAAGAAACUUUAACAGAGUUUUUAUCGAAGGCCACUGGGACCGCUGUAGAGUGGGUCCAAAUGCCUGGGAUGAAGCCUGGUCCGGAUUCCAUUGGAAUCGUUGCUAUUUCACACGGUUGUACUGGAGUGGCAGCACGAGCCUGUGGCCUGGUGGGUCUAGAACCUACAAGGGUCGCAGAAAUCCUCAAAGAUCGGCCUUCGUGGUUUCGCGAUUGCAGAGCUGUGGAUGUUGUGAACGUGCUGCCCACUCCGAAUGGUGGAACCAUGGAGCUGCUAUACAUGCAGCUGUAUGCCCCAACAACAUUGGCUCCUGCUCGUGAUUUCUGGUUGCUGCGCUAUACUUCUGUGCUAGAGGAUGGUAGUCUUGUGGUCUGCGAGAGGUCGCUCAGCAGCACACAGGGAGGUCCAAGCAUGCCACCAGUACAGCAUUUUGUGAGAGCAGAAAUACUGCCAAGUGGGUACCUCAUAAGACCCUGUGAUGGGGGUGGAUCAAUAAUACACAUUGUUGAUCAUAUGGAUUUGGAGCCAUCCAGUGUACCAGAGGUGUUGCGCCCACUGUAUGAAUCUUCAACUGUACUAGCUCAAAAGACUACAAUGGCGGCUUUACGCCAGCUAAGGCAGAUUGCCUUGGAGGUUUCUCAAUCAACUGUCACUGGUUGGGGUAGGAGGCCUGCAGCUCUACGUGCACUUACUCAGAGGCUUAGCAGAGGUUUUAAUGAAGCUCUCAACGGCUUUACUGAUGAGGGAUGGUCAAUAAUGGGAAAUGAUGGGAUAGAUGAUGUCACCAUCCUCGUCAAUUCAUCUCCUGGAAAACUGAUGGGGGCAAAUAACUCUUUCAUCAAUGGGUUUUCAGCUGUGAGUAAUGCAGUACUAUGUGCUAAGGCAUCCAUGCUUUUGCAGAAUGUGCCUGCUGCUGUACUCCUCAGAUUUCUUCGAGAGCAUCGAUCUGAAUGGGCAGAUAGUAGCAUUGAUGCGUACUCAGCUUCUGUUGUCAAAGCUGGUCCCUUUAGCUUACCAGGGGCUCGAUUUGGCGGUUUUGGGGGCCAGGUUAUCCUUCCACUGGCUCACACAGUAGAGCAUGAAGAGUCACUGGAGGUCAUUAAACUGGAAAAUGUGGGCCAAUGUCAGGAGGACUCAAUUAUGGCUAAAGAUCUGUUUCUUCUACAACUUUGUAAUGGGCUGGAUGAGAAUGCUGUUGGCACCUGUGCUGAACUCAUCUUUGCUCCCAUGGAUUCCUCCUUUGCUGAUGAUGCACCUCUCUUACCUUCCGGUUUCCGUAUUAUUCCUCUCGAUUCUGGAUUGGAUUCUUCCAGUCCUAAUCGCACACUUGACCUUGCUUCUGCUCUUGAGGUUGGGCAACCUAGAAACAGAGCUUCGGGUGAUUAUGCUAGCAACGGUAGCAGCUUGAGAUCAGUGAUGACAAUAGCAUUUCAAUUUGCGUUCGAGAGCCACCUCCAAGAAAAUGUAGCAUCCAUGGCCAGGCAAUAUGUGCGAAGCAUUGUAUCAUCUGUUCAGAGAGUAGCAUUGGCUCUCUCCCCCUCUAAUCUUAGUCCUCACUCUGGUCUGAGGCCACCACCAGGAUCUCCUGAAGCACAAACACUAGCUCACUGGAUCUCUAACAGUUACAGACGUUUCAUGGGUGCGGAGCUUUUAAAGUCCAAUGGCGAAGCAAGUGAAUCUAUUCUUAAAACACUUUGGCAUCAGUCUGACGCAAUAAUGUGCUGCUCCAUAAAGGCACUUCCGGUGUUCAACUUCGCAAACCAGGCAGGUCUUGACAUGCUUGAGACAACUCUGGUUGCCCUCCAAGACAUAACUUUAGAAAAGAUAUUCGAUGACCACGGGAGAAAGACUCUAUAUGCUGAGUUCCCACAGAUAAUGCAACAGGGUUUUGCAUGUCUUCAAGGUGGCAUUUGUCUCUCCAGCAUGGGGAGGCCAAUCUCAUACGAGAGAGCAGUUGCUUGGAAGGUGUUGGAUCAGGAAGAAAAUGCACACUGUAUCUGUUUCAUGUUCGUCAACUGGUCCUUUGUUUAGUUUCAAUACUAGUUCCUUAAGGUUCAAGAGACGAAAACCUGGACUUCUCUUUUUCUUUGCUAGGAUUCUCUUUUGGAAUGUAAACAUAUUGCCACAGGCAUAAACUAGGCUUAGAACAAUAGGGCUGGUUGAUUCUGGCAACUUUUUUUCAGUUUUUUGGUUCAUCAUACUUGUUGGUACUUUGCGUUGCGACUCUUCUACACUACUUAAUUACUAUGUUAAUUAUUAGGGAACUCUUCUAAACAUCUUAUGUUCAUACC